AUGAUUAAUCAAUGUUUUUCCCUCUUUUCGAAACUAUCAAGAACUAAGGCAAGGAAACCCUUAGGAUUUGAAAGUAGAGACGAAAUGUGUGGCAUGCAAUUCAUCUACGGAGAUUUAGAAACACCAAGUGACUAUGAUUAUGACUCUAGCGAAACUUCCUCAAUAGAUUCGUACGAAGAAGAAUUGAGUGGCAAUCCUGAAAUGGACGAAUUCCUUCUAUCAACCAAAUUUACCGGUAACACAUUAUACUGGAUACCUUACGAUGAAUUCGAUGACAUUCGUGAAAUUGGGAAAGGGGGCAUUUCCACAGUCUUCGUCGCCAACUGGCGAGGCCACUACGACCGUCAAACAAAUGACACCAUGAAAGUUGCAUUGAAACAACUCCACAAUUCGGAAAGCGUUUCCAAAAGAUUUCUCGACGAGCUGAGAGCUCUUCAUAGUUGUGCGAAAG